AUAUCGCGAUCGAACUCCGAGCAAGUCCUCGAGACAGAGAAAGAUGUGUUCGAGCGCAUCCGCGCUGAAGACCGCCAGGAGCUAUCUUGUGUUGCAUCCAAUUUCACACGGCACCGCGCGACUGACUCUGGUGUCGGAGGGAUGACGGACAUGGAGCGUAAGGAUACACUGGCUGGUCUCGAGCUAGACGACCCGGUCCUAGACCCUACGAGCGACCAGUUCGAACACUACAAAUGGGCUCGCAUGAUGCUCAAAUUGAUGGACAAGGAGGGCGUUCCUCUGCGAAAGUCGACCGACGUGAACAACGUGGGAUCGAUCCCUCUGGCUCCAUUCAGAUCACAGGAGUACAUUUCAUGUGGAAAGCGUGUCCAACAAAAGCACAUUCUUCGAGAAUUCGACGGUGUUCUCAAAAGUGGCGAGCUACUGAUUGUACUCGGCCGGCCUGGAAGUGGCUGCUCUACCUUCCUCAAGUCCCUGUCUGGUGAACUCCAUGGGCUGAAAGUUGGAAAGGGAUCAGACAUUCAGUUCAAUGGUAUUGCCAUGGAAAAGAUGCACAAGGAGUUCAGGGAGAAACGUCUCAAUGGGAUUAGCCGGACCAAGUAUGCCAAGCAUAUCACCCAGGUUGCUAUGUCUGUUUGGGAAUUGAGUCACACGUACAACACGGAAGUUGGGGACGACUAUAUUUGGGGUGUUUCUGGGGGUGAGCGAAAGCGAGUCAGCAUUGCUGAGAUGGCCCUAUCAGGAGCUCCCGUCGGCGCUUGGGAUAACAGCACUCGGGGGCUUGAUUCAGCCAGUGCCCUCGAUGCUUGUCAUUCCGUUGCCAUCUAUCAGGCCUCUCAAGCAAUCUACGACGUGUUUAAUAAGGUCAUUGUGCUUUACGAGGGUUGGGAGAUCUUCUUCGGCCCCGUCGGCGAGGCCAAGGGAUACUUCGUUGAUAUGGGCUGGAAAUGUCCGUCUCUUCAGACUACCGGUGACUUUUUGACUUCAGUUACCAAUCCUCAAGAGCGAACGGCUCUCAAAGGCAUGGAGAACAAGGUUCCACGCACACCGGAUGACUUUGCGGCCUACUGGGAAAAGAGCCCUCACUAUGUCAACCUUAAGAAGGAGAUCGCGCACUAUCGAGAGGAGUAUCCACUGGGAGGAGCUGCUGGGCAAGAAUUUGACGAGACGAAGAGACUGCGUCAGGCAACGCAUGUCCGGCCGAAUAGCCCCUAUGUCAUUUCUAUUCCGAUGCAAGUCCGGCUUUGCGUGAAGCGAGCUUACCAGCGCAUCUGGAACGACAAACCCUCUACAUUGACUACCGUCAUUGGGCGUAUCAUUAAGUCUCUCAUCAUUGGUUCAAUCUACUUUGGAACGCCGAAUGCAUCAGCUGGCUUCCAGAGCAAAGGCGCUGCUCUUUUUUUCUCCGUUUUGUUGAAUGCUCUGAUUAAUAUACCAGUCAAACUAUUCGCUGCGGUGAUCUUCGACGUCAUCUUCUACUUCUUGGCUAGCUUGAGAUAUGAGCCCUCUCAGUUCUUCAUCUUCUUCCUGUUCACAUUCCUCAGUACUCUGGCAAUGCCAGGUAUCUUUCGAACUCUGGCCGCCUCGACCAAGACCUUCGCACAAGCCAUGUCUAUGGCAGGCGUCAUAGUCCUGGCUAUUGUCAUUUACACGGGUUUCGUGAUCACUGCACUAAAAUUCCAUGGUUUAGCUGGAUUCGCUGGAUUAACCCGAUCUUCUACACUUUUGAAGCCCUUGUUGCAAAUUAGUUUCACGGUCAUCGUUUGGAAUGCUCUCAAUUCAUCCCGGGAUACCCUAAUCUGUCGGGCGACUCCUUCAUCUGUGCUGUUCGUGGCGCUGUUGCCGGUGAAAGAACGGUCUCUAGUGACGCUUACAUCGGAACGCAAUAUCAUUAUUACUAUGCGCAUGUUUGGCGAAAUCUUGGGUUCUGAAAACGAGAAAGAUACUUCGGCUAUCCCAUCCCAGCAUGAUUUUUUUACUUGGCGGGAUGUCUGCGAUGAUAUUCCCGUCAAAGGAGGCGAGCGACGUCUUCUGGACCACGUCUCUGGAUGGGUUAAACCUGGCACACUCACUGCCCUGAUGGGUGUUUCCGGUGCUAGAAAGACCACUUUACUCGAUGUUCUGGCUGAACGUGUCUCUAUUGGUGUUGUCACUGGGGAUAUGCUUGUCAAUAAUAAACCCCUGGAUACCAGUUUUCAAAGAAAGACCGGUUACGUCCAGCAGCAGGAUCUUCAUCGAUCUUCAUCUUUCGACAACACGGACUUUGCGGACGCAAUUGUCGGCACGCCUGGGGAGGGUUUGAAUGUCGAGCAGAGGAAGUUGUUGACUAUCGGCGUUGAGCUGGCCGCCAAACCGGCCCUUCUUAUUUUCCUUGAUGAACCCACAAGUGCCUGCGACAUGCUAGAAAUUAUUGGUGCCGGUGCAUCUGGCCAUGCUGCGAAGGACUGGUCUUCAGUAUGGAAAGAUAAGCAGCAGUCUAAGGACGUGCAGACUGAGAUCACCCGUAUUCACGAUGAGCGUGCUUCAGCUAGCAACCCCCAAGAAGGCGAUGCUCAGGUCGGUGAAUAUGCAAUGCCAUUCAUGGCCCAGCUCUGGUGCGUGACACAUCGCUCAUUUCAAGGAUUCUGGCGCGAGCCAUCCUAUGUCUGGGCCAAGAUUAUGCUGGCCACACUGUCUUCUCUGUUCAUCGGCUUCACUUUCUGGAGACCUGACAAUUCUCUGCAGGGAUUCCAGGAUGUGAUUUUCAGUGUUUUCAUGAUGUCUCAAGACUCCCUUCUCACUCUACCAGGAUUAUGCCCAAGUUCGUCGUUCAACGGUCCCUGUAUGAAGUGCGCGAGCGGCCCUCUAAAGCCUAUUCCUGGGCAGCAUGCAUUCCUCAUUUCUAACAUCAUUGUCGAGAUUCCGUAUCAGAUCUUCGCUGGUGUCGUGGCUUGGGCAUGUUACUACUACCCAGUAUACGAAGCGAAUCAAGCAUCGCAUCGCCAGGGCCUUAUGCUCCUUUUCAUUGUUCAGUUCUACAUCUUCACUUCAACCUUCGCGACCUUCAUUAUCUCAGCUCUUCCCGAUGCCGAAACUGGGGGUACGAUCGCAACGCUAAUGUUCAUCAUGACCCUUACAUUCAAUGGGGUCAUGCAGCCCCCGAGCGCCUUGCCUGGUUUCUGGAUUUUCAUGUAUCGUGUUCCUUCAUUGACAUAUUCGAUUGCCGGUAUUACAGCAACCGGUCUACAUGGGCGAAAUAUCCAAUGCUCUACCGCCGAGUUGAGCGUCUUCAAUCCUCCCUCUGGGCUGACCUGUGGGGCAUACCUGAAUCCAUACGCCACUGCGGCAGGUGGUCAGCUGUACAACCCUGCCGCUACGGUAGAUUGUCAGUAUUGUCAACUGACAAACGCAGAUCAUUAUCUCGCUUCUAGCAAUAUCUCGAACGCUGGCGUAAUUUCGGCAUCGAUUUGGGCCUACAUUGGCUUCAACAUUAUGGGAACUGUGCUAAUGUACUACAUGUUCCGUGUGAAAACAAUACAACCCAACUUCGCUGAUACGUGGUAUCGGGGAAAGGAGGCGGACAAUGGCCGGCUCGUUUAG